AUGACAUACGGCUCUGAAUGUUGGCCUAUUAAAAAACAACAUGCCAACAAACUACAUGCUGCGGAGAUGAGAAUGCUCAGAUGGGCUGGCGGAGUAACAAUCUUGGACCACAUUAAAAAUAGCCAUGUCAGUGGCAGUUUCAGAGUGACGCCGAUCCAGGAGAAACUCACUGAAAACCGGCUCCGAUGGUACGGCCCCGCCAUGAGGAGUCAUCAUAUGACGAGGAGAGUUUUAGAAAUGAGUGAGAAGCCUAGGGGGCGCGGAAGACCCAAGACGAGAUGGAUGGCGCUUAUCCAAAAGGACCUUAAAGAGGCAAAUAAUCCAGCCGAGACGACCCAGGACAGACAUUCCUGGUGA